AGGUUAACACCGACGUAGUUUUAACCGGAAAUGACGUACUAAGCGACUUGUCGGCUUGUUUUCCUUGACAACAGUGGUUUUCUUUUCUUUUAAUUUGUAAAAAAAUAAAAGAGAAAUCUUUUAAUAUGGCUACUGUACAACAUGGCCGAAGGAAAGGCUUAGCAAGAGCCACCCCUGAAGCCCCGCCUCAAGUUCCGGACACCACUGACCUCCGUCAAGUCACAAUACUCACCAAGUCGGACUGGGACAGAAUUCAGCAGCAGUUGCACAGGAAACAGAUUGAAGAUGAUCGAUUGAGGCAAGUCAAAGAAGAGAGGGAAAACAGGAAAAACCAGUCAAAAGAAGUAGUCCAACACUGGGGAAACACAAUUGCGGGACAGCGCCAACGUAAACUCGAAGCAAGAAAAAUUCGUGAAAAGAAGGAAGAGGAAGAGCGAGUAGAAAUAGACAUAGAAGAAGCAAAAUACCAAGCUGCACAGAGAAAGGCAGCUAUUGAUAAGGCUAAAACACAACAAUACUACCAGACAGACAGAGUGAAAGGAUUCCAUAGUGCUCUGAUGCUGACCGAGGUGCUGAAGGAGCGUGAAGCUCAGCUGGAGCUGAAGCGUCUCAAAGCGCAGGCUAGCACCGGUCAAGACCGGGAGUGGUUGGAGCGCGCACAGCGCGAGUAUGAAGAGGCCAUCAGGCAGGACCAGGCCAAGGCAGCAGAGAGGAUCAUCGCUGCCAAGGACAACGAACGCUUUCUCAAGGCUCAGAUCCGGGACCACCACAGCCUGCGCGAGAAGGCGCAGGUGGAGGAUGCCGUGGAGGGGGAGGAGCUACAGAAGCUUGCGCUGGCUAACAAGCUGGAGAAGGAGAGACUUGAGGCGAUACGUCGGGACGAGAAGCAACAACUCAUGGACGACAACCGCAAGCAGAUUGGCGAGCGAGUAGCGCUCAAGAAGCUGCAAGAAAACCAGGAGGAUGAGGAGGAUGAGGAGUGUCGUAUCUUUGCUGCUGCCAAGAGAAAGAUGAUGAGAUUGAGAGCAGAGAAGGAGAAACAGCUUCACAAUGAGAAGCAGCAGACCCUGGAGGCGAUACGUGAGAAGCUUGCUGCCCAGUUGAAGCAGAAGCUUGACGACGAGGAUGAGCGUAUCCGUCAGGCCGUGCAGGAGGCAGAGGAGAAGAGGGCGAGAGAGGAGGGGGAGAAGGAGGGCAAGAUGGUCAAGGUCAUCAGCGAACAGGCGGAGCAUAGGACACUACAGAUGAAGGAGGCAGAGCAGAAGAAGAAGGAAGAACGCCGCCAGGAGUUGGAGACAAUCCGUAUCCGACAGGCUGCAGACGAGAUCUUCCGACGAAAUGAGGAGGAAAAGCGGACCAGGAAGUUUGAGGACAGCCGGCAUCUGGCGGGAUUCCAUCUGGACCAGGCGGACCUUCGCAAACAGAAGGAGGUUGAGCAAAAGCAGCAGGCGCUUGCGUUGGACAAGGCCAACAUAGAGUUACUGGCCCUUGAGGAGAAACAGUUCCAGGAGUACGCCACCAAGGUGAUCGAGCACUGCGAGAAGGGAGGCCGCAACACGUACCCGCUCCGCAAGGCCGCUGCACCGGGUCAUGGUGGAGGGGCGGGACCUGUAUUUGAGGGCAAGGGCGGCAUCCGGCCCAGCUACAUGGUGAUGGAUAAGAGCGGCAAACAGAUGCCCCACUACCAGAGAGACUCCACCGAGGAGACUAAGCAGAACAUCCAUGAUGUCGAGACGAAGAAACGUAUGGGCUUUGUUUGGUAACUGUGUGUGGGAGUGUUUGUGUUUGAGCAUCGAGGACUGUUGUAUCAUGUGUUACAUUAAAUAUGUUGCUUUUAAAAUUAUAUUUAUUUGUUGAUUAAAAUUAAUUGUUUUUAUUAACCCUUUAAUUUCUAUGUGGAAAUAGGAAAGUGUUUUUAAAGAAAAUACAAUCAUGUGUGUAAAUAUUGCUGUACAAAUUAUAUACGUGUUUAUCUUUGAUUGAGAAGAGGUUAUGUGUUUUGUUAUUUACAAAAUGCUAUUUGCCUCUGAAUCAUAUUUUCCACUGUAUCAUGGUUGAAACAUAGUAUUGCAUUUACACGCUUUUAGUUUUUAAAAUUUUCAUAAUUGACCUACAAUUAAUACAUUAACUUUACAACGUAGUUUUAUUCUGAUUUUAAUUUAUUCUUUUAAAAACAGGUGUGCUAAAUAAAGUGUGUUUACAAUCACAUAUUACUUAUUUUACACUCAAACACGCCAUUAUAAAGAAAUCAUUUAAUUAGGGAAUUGAGACAUUCUCAUUUUUGUCAUCAUUAUUAUAUUAGAAAUGAACAGUCUGUACUACAUAUAACUUUAUGCUUACUCUUGACAAGUGGUUUGAAUAAUACUGAAAAAUUAUCCGUCAGAUAUGUACAUGUAACAACCGGUGAUAUUCAACUGGUAAAUGUUUUACAAAGCUGUUGUUAUUGUUUUGGUGUUGUUGUUGCUUUAAUUUAAAAUGUCAUUUAUCUCCAUAAUCUACUCUGUGAUUGGAACCUUUGUAAAUAUAUAUCGUAAAUACCCUUUUGUUGUCAAUUUUAUAAUACUAGAUAGCAAAAAAAACUUACCUAAGUUAAGCCAAAACCCUACAAACUUACCUAAUUUCAGCACAAAAUUUUAGUCAACAUUAUGAUUUUUUUCCCAGUACAUAGGGCCCAGGUCCAUUACAAAAGGGAUGCUAAAGCGCUGUUGUGUUUGUCAUUUUGUGUAAAUGCCUUUGACAACUUUAUUGCAUGUUGGAAACUACAUGUUUAAGCAUUAUUAUGUGUCUAAAGUUUGUAUUUAAAUAAAUUUCACAACAUUU